GCAAAAAAUACCAAAGCGAAUAAACUUUCAAGAUAAUGAAAAGAUAACAUCAGUAUCUCCUAUUAAAAUUCGUAUAACUCAAGCUUCAGAAGAUUUACUUCCUGAGGUUAAAAAUGAUGUUUUAAUUAAUACACCAAAUAAACUGAAAAUCACAAAGCAUGGCAUAGAAGACGACAAACAUUUUAAUAUUAUGGGGAAAGGUAGUUUUGGUAAAGUUUUUAAGGCACAAUAUAAAGGAAAAACAGUAGCAAUGAAAUUAGUAAAGUCAAAUUCAUAUCACAGAGAAAAAAAUUCAUUGCAUUUAAACCAUACAAAUAUCGUAAAAACGUUGGAAAUUAUUCAAAGAAAAAAUGGAAUAUAUUCUCUUAUAAUUAUGGAGUAUCUACCAAAAAGCAGCAAUCUGCAAAACGUUAUUAAUAAUUCUAAGUUCGAUAUUGAUUAUCUAAAGUAUUCCCAAGAUAUAUGUAAGGGAUUAGAAUAUUGUCAUUCAAAUGGAAUCUUGCAUUUGGAUAUUAAGCCUGGUAAUAUUGUUGUUCAUGAAGGUAUCUGCAAGUUAUGCGAUUUUGGAAAUUCUUUUGAUAUAUCUGAUAACAUGUCAUAUAUUAACCAAGUUGUCAAAUGUAAUUUACGUCCAGAUUUAAAGGAACCUGUAGACAGUUUUUCGAAAUUAUAUCAACAGUGUUGGGACCAAAAUCCUAAUAACAGGCCAAAUGUUGCGAAUGUAUUAAAAAUGUUAAGGUGUUAAUUAUUGAUAUACUUAUACUUUUAUUUUGGUUAGUUUAAUUCUUAUGUAAAUUAGCAUAUUUUGUAAUAUUGAUAUUGAUUAUUUUUAUAUUAUCUUUUUAUACAA